AUGUGUAGUUUUCUGGCUCAGCUACUCCUAAUCACAAUAGUCUUCAGGACCAGCCAUCAAAAAGAUAACUUUAGUACCCCAAGUCCCGCCUGGUUGGAAUAUCAAAGGGAGAGAUUUGGUGUGAUGCCAUUCAAUGGCCAUCUCCUCUCCGUAAGCUCCACAAACACACCUACAAUAAAUGUGGCCACGCCAAAAGUAGAGACCACAUCCAGAAGGCACUCCUCGAAUACCCCGGAGAACGAAAGUCAAGAAACUGGGGAGGAGGAAACUACGGAGCAACCGCCGGAAGAAGGAGGAAUUGAGAUGCCCAGUAUGAAGGGCUUUCUAAAGUUUCUUAAAACAUUACAGAACACCUGGGCGAAAAAAUCGGCACUCACGUUUGAAAAAAAGUUUAAACUUUUACAAAAUUUGGGAGACAAUCUAAUGAAACUUAUUGAACAACAAUUCGCGGUUCUUUGGCAGCCACCGGAGCGGAAAAGGCGACGGCGACGUGGAUUGCUCGACACUUCGGAAAUAGAUUUCCCUCCCGAGGCAGCAAUCAUGAGCAUAAACUUUCUUACAUUCGCAGUUUUCCUCAUUAAACUAGUAAUGCAAGUAAUAAAGGUCGUUAAAAGCAAACAUUACAGCUUCUCUGGAUUUACUAUAGUUCCGGAAUCAAGCAGACGUCCGUAAAUACAGAAUUUUACUUAAAAAGUAUUAAAAGUUUAAAAAAAUUUAAAAAUACACACAAUAUUCGAUUAAUUAUCAAAAACAGAACAGAACAGAACAUUUUUUUAUGCAUAACUUUAUAUAU